AUGAAUUUCCUUGAAAGAAAUUUUAUGAAUACUACUCAUGUUAGCUAUACUAAUAAUAGUAAUGUUACAUUUUCCGGCAAUAUUUCUUCUACAGACAAUGUUCAUAAAUCUGGUGCAUCCGGACAUGAGAACGUAUUACUUGCGAAUCUAUUUGCCCUACUGUCUACUCUGUUCUCUUCGGUUCAGUUAGUUCCUCAAGUAAAACUUCUUGAUAUAUUAUUUUUUAUGUACCAGUAUAUAAAAACUGGAAACGAAAAACCACAGUUGUGUAUAUACUAUGAAGAUCAAAGAUACAAAAAAUAUCAAAUUAAUGCUCAAGCUGAUUUAGAAAAGCAAAAUAAUGCAACGAAUAUCAAUCAUGUUGACGCCAAUAAGAGCAACAUUUUAUUUAGAAAAUAUCAAUUCAAAUGUUUUGCAUAUUUUGGAAUUUUGAUUUUUGGAUAUAGUUUGAUUGAAUUUGCUGGAGUUGUUUUGACAAAGAUAGCUCAAAGAAGAGGAAUAAACUGGUUCAAAGCUAUUCUGGGAAUCGUACCUAGUGUAUUUGUUUUUGUCGGAUUCAUACCUCAAUUCUAUGAAAUCUAUCGGUUGAAGAAAGUACGUGGAAUUUCAUUGGUUUUUAUGACAAUGGAUAUAACUGGUGCCUCACUUGCAAUAAUAAGUUUAGUAUUUAGUCCGCAACCUUUCAACAUAAUUUCUUCAGCAGUAUUCAUAUGUAUCACAUCAUGCGAUGGACUUAUACUUAUACUUUAUUUCGUCCUUGGCCGGACAAAACAGCGUCGUGAGGAAAAACUUCCAGCGAAUCCUAUCGCUAUUGUAAGUUUGGAAUAA